CGUGGCGUCACUGACCGCCCUAAGCAGAGAAAACCACGGCUGUUGCUCAGUUUGUUUGGUGUGGAAGAGACGGCUGUUUAUUCCCCACAUUUCCAGGAUUCUACGCAACAAACAGUCAACUUUAGUGUUAAAUCCCAGCACCUCUUCGGCCAGUAACUCACGGGACCAUGAAUGGUAAGUCUACGAACGGUUCGUUGGGGGGGAUGGCCUGCAUCGAGGGUCUUCCCCCGCUGCCGAAGAGCCUGAGCGGCUUGCUGAACUCCAGCGGCGGCUCCUGGAGAGACAUGGAGAGGAUGUACGUGAAGAAGACCAUGAUCCAGGACGACCUGAGCCGGGGCAGGAACAACACCGACAACCUGCUGACCCACAAGCCGGCCAACUUGGACGCUGCCCUGGCUCUGCUCAGGAAAGAAAUGGUGGGCUUGCGUCAGCAGGACAUGUCCCUGCUGUGCCAGCUGUGGUCCCUCCACGAGUCCAUCCAGGACUACAAGGGCAGCUGCCAGGACCUGAGUGCCGCCUCCAGCCUCAGCAUGAUGGAGAACGGGUACUUUGACGAGGACGACGAGGAUUACCCGGAGCCUGGCGCCACUCCCACCGGGGAGAAGCCGGACGGAGAGCUGGGAGACGGAGCGGCAAAGAACGGGAGCGGCGUCGGAAAAGACGACAGCUGGGACUCUUUUCACGUCAACAUCUGAGGCCUCAGCUUGUUUCUGCAGAUGUUGUUUGUGGGGAACGAAUUGAGGACGAGUCUGAGAAGGGACUGGUUUGUUAGAGGUAGCUUGUGGUAUUUUUUUACCAUAAUAGACUCCAGCUUAAGGCCUCUUCAUGUGGAACACUCCUCUGCUCAGAAAGAUAUCCCAGGAUCUUCUCCGGACUGCAGAGCUCAGGAGUCCAGAUGGAUUAUAUUCCCAGACUCCGCAUACUCACAAUUAGGCAAUAUAUAUUAUUUCUUCUUUAAAAAAAACCCAACUCUACUGCUGCUUCUAUAUCGAGGGGUUUCUCCAACCCUUUUUUUGGCAGAACUUUUUUUUACAUUUACAAAAUAUAUGAAGAAAGUUGUAUUAUUUAUUAUAUAAUAUAAAUAACCAGAUAUUUCCUGUUUCUCUAUACGGAUGUUUUUGUACUGCAACUUGACCCAGGUACAAGGAAUACCAGAAACUGAGGCUUCACAACGGAACACAAGGGACUCAGACGAUCGACCUUAAGCGCUGAGAUCAAUAUUUACUCAAAUCAGGAACAAAAGAGGUGAAGAGUGGAGAAAGUAAUCACAGUGUAAAAAUGAGUUUUGGAUCAGGGGUGAGGGCGACAUUUUUCUGCCUUUCAGACGGAGCAGAUUUUCGCUCUGAAAAUGUGAAAUGUUCAAAAUGCUGGAGACAGUUUCAACCUGGACCCAACGAAAGCUGUAGUGACGCACAACUCUGAUGUGUCAUUGGUGUUAAAGGCUGGUUGUAAAUCCUCUAAUUAUACACAAACUAAAGGGUUAAAGCAUAAUCUUAGUUUGUUACAACUUGCAUCUUGUUCUCAUACAUCAUUCCUAUGAGUAUACUCAAACAUACUGCUAUUAAAUCUGGAAGUGAGAAUGAAAAAGUAACUAUUAAUCAUUAAACUGAUGGACAUUACUAUGAAAUGAAAGCUCACGUUGUAUCAACAGCCCAGUAGCAAGUGAUUACUAACCAGCAUCUGGAUAAUCAGCAAGUUUCCACAUAACCAGCUUUGAGACGUUUAUACUUCUCCCAUAAUAUUUACACGUGCUAUUUGAAAUGUGUGUGUAUUAAUCACAGGGACAUGGACAGAGAGGUGUAAGAACUUAAAACGUGUUUGUGUUCGACUCUGAAUGCUCACCGCGGUAAACAAAAUGCUGAAUACAGGGUACUUUUAUAUCUCUUCUGUAUCCUUAUAUAAAAAUAUAUUAACUGGACAUUAUUUAUGACGUGUCAGAGGGAUGUAAGGGGUGUUCUUCCAGUGUUUCAACAUAGCUUCAAUACUGCGCACUAACUAGAUUGUAACGGCAAGUGUAUUCAAUCCUGCCGUCUCUGAUUGAAACACUCUGCAAAAGCAGCCUUUCCUUGGACUACAAAGUCUGUUUACUUUGCCGUUCUGCUCCAUCUAUCCAGCGACAAGCAGCAAUGUUUGGAUGUGCAAAGACUCUGCAGCAUGGUCUUCCUUUAUCUCUAAAAACUAAAAAAAGAGCAACGGUUUUUAGCUGAUCCUGUAGCAAAGCAGCUGUUGUAUCACUACUAAACGACUGUCAACACCCACCUCCCCUGUGUGUGUGUGUGUGUGUGUGUGUGUGUCUGUGUGUGUGUGUGUCUCUGUAUGUGUGUCUCUGUGUGUGUGUGUGUGUCAAACCAAAGAAGGAACAGCACUCAACAUGAAAUGUAUUUGGGGUAAAGUGCUAAAGAUACUGCUCUUGAAUGACAUGUGCUUUAAAAGUUAAAGUACAAAAUGACAUCUGAUGGGUUGAUGAAUGUCUUCACAGCUAUCACACACACAUCGUCUGUCAUAUUUCACUGUGGGGAUAAUAUUGACUCAACAAAGAAACAGAUAUUUCAGAAACAGAUAUAUUCCUCAUGGUUGUUGUCGCUGACCGACAUGUGACAGCCUCAGUUGCUUCAUUGACACAGUUAAGGGCCCUGAUGUCAAGAUUAUAGUGUCUGUUCCCCAUGAUUUCAUAGUGACCUACAGUAUUUAUCCCACACACAUUACAGCCGCGUCAUUAAAGGAUGAGUUCAACACUUUGGGAAAUAUGUUUUCUUGUAGUUAGAUGAUAAGCUAUGAAUUGGUUCUCAUAUCUAAUGUAAAUAUGAAGCUACGUACUAUAUUUCAGCUGUGUAAUUUGUACAAAAAACUAUAUAUAGAUCAUGCUUUUGCUGUAAGGGACUGGAAGAAAGCAACGCGUGUUUUACCCCGGAUAAUAAAUACAAACCCUUCAACGGUUUGAUCAUUUUUAAGAGAGAAUUGAGAACAAAUCUCUUGAGGUUUUUCUUCCUGUCUCUUCUCAAACUCCACCUCUUGCUCACUUUGAAACCUUGGGCUCGUACAAUACAUGCAAAAACAGUAUUCAGUCAAAUUUGACGGUGCUUUCUCUCGUCUAAUACGUUGGAUUGAAUGUUUGCUCGGUUUUAUUUGUAACAAAUCUCCUCCGCAGUUUUACGCAGCUGUGUGGUGAAUCUGUAUCUGAAUAUUUCCCGUCAAAUGACCCACCUGUAAUCGAUGCAGUUUGAAACCCUUCUGUACAAACCUGACCCCCUGAUGUUUUAUUAUUGGAUGUCUACACAAUUAGUGCCUUUUGCAAACCUUCACACUGGAUGUUUGCUGUUAACCACGGGGAUAAAUAAAGGGUUGUAUCAUGUGACUCGCUUGCUGACAUGCAAUUUGUUCUUAAAGCUGCUACGUGGAAAUCUAGAAUCUCUAAUUCCCUUACUGGAAGUGUUGUUGUUGUUGUUGAGCUCCCACUAUUAUCUAAGGACAUCAUGAAGAGCUGAUUUAAAGGUGUGCUCAGAGAUUGCGGUCGUUUCCAGGCGCUGGAAAGGCUCCUUUUUCAUGUUAUCGACGAGGAUGCAGCUGCUGGGAGCCGUGUGGUUUCUGAUGCUUCCUCCCUCCAUGAAAUCUGAGUUGCUGAAGCAGUUCUCUUCCUGUCUUGGUCGAUGUUUUCCAGAAAUAUAACACUAGAACAGAGAAGUUCUCAGCUUCCUACAUUAUGAAUUAUGUCUAAAUCAAAAGUAAUCUUCUAAAUAAAGCAGCAUUUAUUUCCAAAACUAUUACCAGCCUUAAAGUCAAUUGCAACAAAGAAUUUCAGGAUGCGCUGCUUACUGCUUUAAAGGGGUUUUAAUUCACACCUCUUUCUAUUUGUGUGUGUUAAUCUCCCCCAAUAGAACACCUGAUCCUCUUUGAGUCGGUCUGUAUUACACACACACACACACACGGUGCUUCUUCAGUAACUCUACUCUAACUAAAACGAGCACAAGAGACUCAAAAUGUGCUUACAAUUGAAAACGCCAGCAAAUUGUACCCGAUGUCGUACUGCUAUUUUAUUUAAAUGUGACAAGUUUUAGAAUCAGUCUCUCAAAAUAUCCACAAAAGCGCUUUCUUACUAAAGAAACGAGAUGGGAGUUCCUACCUGAAGUGGCGCCAAUAGACCAGAAUGCAAUGCAACCACAAAGAUGUCAUGUGUUUGGACUGAAUUGAGGGUUAUUACUGUAAUCACAGUCACGCCUCAGUGUUCACCUCACACCCCGGCUUUAGUGGUAAGCAUUCUGGGACAUUAUGUGGACUCGCUCAACAAAAUAACUCAAAGAGACUCAAGGUUUUCAGGAGGUUUUCAGGAGCAUCUAGAGGGCAACGUUAUUAGGAGAGAUGUUGAAAAAAGACCCAAAAAAUAACCAAUUUAUGUACCUUUAAGUGACAUGCUAAUUGCUAAUUGUUGCGCUUUAUUCAGCCAAGAGAAACACAAGAGAGCCUUAGAGGUAUUAAAUAUAUAUACCAUCAUCUUGACAGCCAAUUACUAGCCUUGAAAUCCUGAAAAUGUGGAUUAUAAUCCACUAAUUGCUGGCUGUAGCUGUUAAAAAUGUGUUUGAAUUUGACAGGAAAAUGUGUGAUGCUGUAAAUCAUUCAUCCUCAUCAUUCAUUAAAUCACUGCAGUGGAAACAAAGGUGUAAAUGUUAUUCAAACUAUGUGUUAAACCCGUGCUGUGUCCAUCCAUCAUUACUCCAUACUACUGGACAAUUUGUCUCGAUGCUAUCAAAGUUAUUCUACUGAUUUGACUUUAAUAAAGUGAUUCCAUACUUUU